CCCCGGGACCCCCCGAGCCCCCCGGCCAUGUCGGACAGCGAGGACAGCAACUUCUCGGAGGAGGAGAGCGAGCGCAGCAGCGACGAGGGCGACGAGAACGAGGCGGAGGAGCAGCGCGGGGGAGGCAGCGGGAAGGAGGAGGCAGAGGAGGAGGAGGAGGAGGAGGAGGAAGAGGAGGAGGAGGAGUACGAUGAGGAGGAGGAGGAGGAGGAAGAUGACGACCGGCCGGCCAAGAAACCGCGGCACGGGGGGUUCAUCCUGGACGAGGCCGACGUGGACGAUGAGUACGAGGAUGAAGAUCAGUGGGAGGAUGGGGCUGAGGACAUCCUGGAGAAAGAGGAGAUCGAAGCCUCCAACAUCGACAACGUGGUGCUGGACGAGGAUCGCUCGGGGGCACGGCGCCUGCAGAACCUCUGGAGGGACCAGCGGGAGGAGGAGCUGGGCGAGUACUACAUGAAGAAAUACGCCAAAUCCUCGGUGGGGGAGACAGUUUACGGCGGCUCCGACGAGCUCUCGGAUGACAUCACCCAGCAGCAGCUGCUGCCCGGCGUCAAGGACCCCAACCUCUGGACGGUGAAGUGCAAGAUCGGCGAGGAGCGCGCCACGGCCAUCGCCCUCAUGCGCAAGUUCAUCGCCUACCAGUACACGGAGACGCCGCUGCAGAUCAAGUCGGUGGUGGCCCCCGAGCACGUGCGGGGGUACCUGUACGUGGAGGCCUACAAGCAGACGCACGUCAAGCAGGCCAUCGAGGGCGUGGGCAACCUGCGGCUGGGCUACUGGAACCAGCAGAUGGUGCCCAUCAAGGAGAUGACCGACGUGCUCAAGGUGGUCAAGGAGGUCACCAACCUCAAGCCCAAGGCCUGGGUGCGCCUCAAGAGGGGCAUCUACAAGGACGACAUCGCCCAGGUGGAUUACGUGGAGCCGAGCCAGAAUCAGAUCUCCCUGAAGAUGAUCCCCAGGAUCGACUUCGACCGGAUCAAAGCCCGGAUGAGCCUGAAGGACUGGUUCGCCAAGCGCAAGAAGUUCAAGCGGCCGCCGCAGCGCCUCUUUGACGCCGAGAAGAUCCGCUCCCUGGGCGGGGACGUGGCCUCGGACGGCGACUUCCUGAUCUUCGAGGGCAACCGCUACAGCCGCAAGGGCUUCCUGUUCAAGAGCUUCGCCAUGUCGGCCGUGAUCACUGAAGGUGUCAAGCCCACCUUAUCCGAGCUGGAGAAAUUCGAGGACCAACCCGAGGGCAUCGACCUGGAGGUGGUGACCGAGAGCACAGGGAAGGAGCGGGAGCACAACUUCCAGCCGGGCGACAACGUGGAGGUGUGCGAGGGCGAGCUGAUUAACCUGCAGGGCAAAAUCCUCAGCGUGGACGGCAACAAGAUCACCAUCAUGCCCAAGCACGAGGACCUCAAGGAUAUGCUGGAGUUCCCGGCGCAGGAGCUGAGGAAAUACUUCAGGAUGGGCGACCACGUGAAGGUGAUCGCCGGGCGCUUCGAGGGCGACACGGGGCUCAUCGUCAGGGUGGAGGAGAAUUUUGUCAUCCUGUUCUCGGACCUGACCAUGCACGAGCUGAAGGUGCUGCCCCGGGAUCUGCAGCUCUGCUCCGAGACGGCCUCGGGGGUGGACGUGGGGGGUCAGCAUGAGUGGGGGGAGCUGGUGCAGCUGGACCCCCAAACUGUGGGGGUCAUCGUGCGGCUGGAGCGGGAAACCUUCCAGGUGCUGAACAUGUACGGGAAGGUGGUGACGGUGCGGCACCAGGCCGUGUCCCGCAAGAAGGACAAUCGCUUCGCCGUGGCGCUGGACUCGGAGCAGAACAACAUCCACGUCAAGGACAUCGUCAAAGUCAUCGACGGCCCCCACUCCGGCCGCGAGGGCGAGAUCCGCCACCUGUUCCGCGGCUUCGCCUUCCUGCACUGCAAGAAGCUGGUGGAGAACGGGGGCAUGUUCGUCUGCAAGACGCGGCACCUGGUGCUGGCGGGGGGCUCCAAGCCCCGUGACGUCACCAACUUCGCCGUCUGCGGCUUCACGCCGAUGUCGCCGCGCAUCAGCAGCCCCAUGCACCCCAGCGGGGCCGGCCAGCGCGGCGGCUUCGGGGCCGGGGGGCUGAGCCGGGGCCGCGGCCGGCGCGACAACGACCUGAUCGGGCAGACGGUGCGCAUCUCCCAGGGGCCCUACAAAGGCUACAUCGGGGUGGUGAAGGACGCCACGGAGUCGACGGCGCGCGUGGAGCUGCACUCGACGUGCCAGACCAUCUCCGUGGACAGGCAGCGCCUGACCACUGUGGGGUCCCGGCGGCCCGGGGGCCUGACCUCGGCCUACGGGAGGACCCCCAUGUACGGCUCGCAGACCCCCAUGUACGGCUCGGGGUCCCGCACGCCCAUGUACGGCUCGCAGACCCCGCUGCACGACGGAAGCCGCACCCCCCACUACGGCUCCCAGACCCCCCUGCACGACGGGAGCCGGACCCCGGCCCAGAGCGGGGCCUGGGACCCCAACAACCCUAACACACCCUCCAGGGCGGAUGAGGACUUCGAGUAUGGCUUUGAGGACGAGCCCACGCCGUCGCCCCAGGGCUACGGGGGCACCCCGAACCCCCAGACCCCCGGGUACCCCGACCCCGCCUCGCCCCAAGUCAGCCAGCCCUACAACCCCCAGACCCCCGGCACGCCCGCCAUGUACAACACGGAGCAGUUCUCGCCCUACGCCGUCCCCUCUCCCCAGGGCUCCUACCAGCCCAGCCCCUCCCCACAGAGCUACCACCAGGUGGCCCCGAGCCCGGUGGGCUACCAGAACACGCACUCGCCGGCCAGCUACCACCCCACGCCCUCCCCCAUGGCGUACCAGGCCAGCCCCAGCCCCAGCCCGGUGGGCUACAGCCCGAUGACGCCGGGGGCGCCGUCGCCGGGGGGCUACAACCCCCACACGCCGGGCUCAGGCAUCGAGGCCAGCGCGGGCGACUGGGUGACCACGGACAUCCAGGUGAAGGUGCGGGACUCGUACCUGGACAGCGCCGCCGUGGGGCAGACCGGCGUCAUCCGCAGCGUCACGGGCGGGAUGUGCUCCGUGUACCUGAAGGACAGCGAGAAGGUCGUGAGCGUGUCCAGCGAGCACCUGGAGCCCGUCACGCCCACCAAGAGCAACAAGGUGAAGGUGAUCCUGGGCGAGGACCGCGAGGCCACCGGGAUCCUGCUGAGCAUCGACGGCGAGGACGGCAUCGUGCGCAUGGACCUGGAGGAGCAGCUCAAGAUCCUCAACCUGCGCUUCCUGGGCAAGCUGCUGGAGGCCUGAGCUGGCCGGGGGCUUCUGGCCCGGGUCUGACCCGGGUCCGACCCAUUUCCUCCUUUCUGACCUGGUUCCGACCCGUUUUCCCCUCUCUGACCCAGGUCUGACCUGUUUCUGACUCAGUUCUGGCCCGUUCCCCCUUUCUGACCCGGGUCUGACCUGUUUUCCCCUUUCUGACCCGGAUCCAACCCGUUUCCCCUGUUCUGACCCAGGUCUGACCCGUUUCUGACCCGGGUCUGACCCGGUUCCCCCCUUUUUUGUUCAAUUUCUGCUCUUUUCUGUUCCUUUUCUACCCCUGUUCUGCCCCCAUGUGCACCCCAUUUCUGCCCCAUUUUCUCCCUUUUCUGCCCCAUUUCUGCCCACUUCCACCCCAUUUCCAGCCCAUUUUCCCCCUUUUCCGCCCUAUUUCCAACUUAUUUUCAUUUGCACCCCAUUUCUGCCCCAUUUCUGCUCCCGUUCUGCCCUAUUUCCCUUGUUCUGCCCUAUUUCCCUUGUUCUGCCCCAUUUCUGCCCCAUUUUUGCCCAUUUUAUCAAUUUUAUGCCCAUUUCUGCCCUUUUUGCCCAUUUCUACAGGUUCUUUUGCCCUGUUUCUACCCGUUUUCCCCCAUUUCUGCCUUUUUUUACCAAUUUUUGGCCCAUUUCCCUCCCGUUUAACCCCUUGGUUGCUGUGGCCGGUUUUGCUGUCCAAUAAAGAGCUGAGGGGGGGGAGACCCCUCCCCAAAAAGGGGCACAGA